AGUCCCGGCCCGCCCGCCUAGGGAGCGGCUGGUCCCUGCGCAGAACAAUCACUUUCUGGAGAUCCCGCUCAAGUCCCUGCAGUUCUCAUCUCUCGGCUUUCUCCAUCCGGACCCCUGGUCCCAGUCCCUAGCAGAGACAUGGAAGAAUUUUUGCAACGCGCCAAAUCUAAACUGGAUCGAAGUAAACAAUUGGACCAGGUCCAUGCAGUUAUCGGACCUAAGUCAUGUGACCUGGAUUCUCUCAUUUCUGCCUUCACAUAUGCGUACUUUCUGGACAAGGUCAGUCCUCCUGGGGUCCUCUGCUUGCCAGUGCUGAAUAUCCCAAGAACUGAGUUCAACUACUUCACAGAGACAAGGUUCAUUUUAGAAGAGCUGAACAUCUCAGAAUCAUUCCACGUAUUCCGAGAUGAGAUUAACCUGCAUCAGUUGAAUGAUGAAGGGAAGCUGUCAAUAACGCUCGUGGGCAGCCAUGUCCUGGGGAGUGAGGACAGAACUUUGGAAUCUGCAGUUGUCAGAGUCAUUAACCCUGGAGAGCAGAGUGAUGGUGAGCUGGGGUUCCCGGAGUCUUCCUCCUCUCUGGUGCUAAAGGAGCUCUUGCGUGAGGCUCCGGAACUCAUCACCCAGCAGCUGGCACAUCUCCUCAGAGGCAGCAUCCUAUUCAAGUGGAUGAGCAUGGAUCCUGAGCUCCCAGAGAAGCAGGAGGAAAUUCUCUCCAUCCUGGAAGAACAGUUUCCCAACCUGCCUCCAAGGGAUGACAUCAUCAGUGUGCUGCAGGAGAGCCAGCUCAGUGCUCAGGGUUUAAGUCUUGAACAAACAAUGUUGAAAGAUCUAAAGGAGCUGUCAGACGGUGAAAUAAAAGUGGCCAUCAGCACGGUGAACAUGACCCUGGAGGACUGCCUGCUUCACAGCAACAUCACCAGUGAUUUGAAAGCCUUCACAGACAAGUUUGGCUUUGAUGUCCUCAUCCUGAUCACAAGCUUUACAUCGGAGGAGCAGCAGAGGCAGCAGAUUGCUGUGUACUCCCAGAAUCUGGAACUGUGCAGUCAGAUUUGCUGUGAGCUGGAAGAAAGUCAGAACCCUUGCCUGGAACUGGAGCCCUUUGAAUGUGGCUGUGAUGAGAUCCUGGUAUACCAGCAGGAGGACCCUUCUGUGACCUGUGACCAGGUGUUUCUUCUUCUCAAGGAGGUCAUCAAUAGGAGGUGUGCAGAGAUGGUCUCUAACAGUCGGACAUCCUCAACAGAAGCCGUGGCAGGCAGCGCCCCCCUGUCCCAGGGCUCUUCCGGCAUUAUGGAAUUGUAUGGUUCUGACAUCGAGCCACAGCCCAGCUCUGUGAAUUUCAUAGAAAACCCUCCAGAGCUCAACGAUUCUAACCAAGCUCAGGUGGAUGUCAACGUAGACCUUGUUAGCCCUGACAGUGGCUUGGCCACCAUCAGAAGCAGUCGCUCAUCCAAGGAGAGCUCAGUCUUCCUCAGUGAUGACAGCCCAGUGGGGGAGGGUGGUGGGCCUCACCAUAGCCUUCUCCCAGGAUUUGACUCCUACAGCCCCAUUCCUGAAGGGAUAGUUGCAGAAGAGCAUGAACGCUCUGGAGAACACAGUGAACACUUUGACCUCUUCAACUUUGACUCAGCACCCAUCGCUUCUGAGCAGUCCCAGCCAUCUUCCCAUUCUGCAGACUACUCACCAGAAGAUGACUUCCCCAACAGUGAUUCAUCAGAAGGAAACCUCUCUGCUGGGCCGAAGGGACUUGGCGAGAUGGGGAUCACCAUGUCCAAUUACUCCUCCAGUUCUCUUUUGUCAGAGGCCGGUAAGGACAGCCUUGUGGAAUUUGAUGAAGAGUUUGUCCAGAGACAAGAAAGCUCAGGCGAUAACUCUGAAAGAAAUUUAAGCCUGACACGUUUUAUAGGAGAGGACCCUUCUUCCCCUGAAAGGCUGAAGAAUAUUGGAAAGAUGAUCCCACCAACACCUAUGAACAGCUUUGUUGAAAUCUCACCAUCAACUGAAGAGCCAACUCCACUCUAUCCUGAAGAUAUAGUCCAAAAUGCAAUUGAUACAGGGCAUCUGGGCCCACCUCAGACCCGUACACGGUGUAGAAGCUGGUGGGGUGGCUUGGAGAUUGACUCUAAAAACAUUGUAGACGCAUGGAACGCCAGUGAACAAGAAUCCGUCUUCCAGAGCCCUGAAACAUGGGAAGAUCAUAAGCCUGAGCCAGUUGAGCGAAGAACCUCAGAUUCCACAUUCCAGCCAAACAGUCUUGGAUUUACAAAGUCAGAUCCCUGGGAAUCUGAGUUUGGACAGCCUGAAAUGGGCAGCAAAGACACCCAGGACCAGAAGAAAGAAAGCUUGCAAUAUCAGCACUCGCCUACAGUAAGGACACAUUUGACAGAUGCCUCUCCUCAAGGGACAAAUCACCUGAUAGAGGACUUUGCUGCUUUGUGGCAUUCAGGACACUCACCCACGACAAUGCCUGAACCCUGGGGAAAUCCCACAGAUGCUGGUGAAGCUGCAGUUACGAUGUCCUUCCCCACCUGGGGUACAUUUGAUAAAGAAGAUAAUGCUGACACAUUAAAAAAUACUUGGAAUCUUCAUCCCACCAACAAUGAGGCACCUUCUGUGCAGGACCCAAGUGAAUGGGCUAUGGCCCGAAGUGGGUUUUCAUUCCCUGCAGCAGACCUACUAGAUAAUCCCCUCAUUGAGGUAAAUAAAGAUGCAGCUCCAGAAAUCUGGGGCAAGAACAACAGCUCCAAGGAUAACAGUCUCACAUCUGGAAGUCCCAUUUCUGAUCUGGGUCAAACAUGGAAUAAUUCUAAGCUACCAGGAGGAGACCAGAAUGGCUUGGUAGAUCCUAAAGCCACAGGGAAAGUAUAUGACAAGGAAGGGUCCUGGAACCUCUUUGAGGAGAAUGUUAGGAAAAAAGGGGCUGAUGUCUUAGCUCCUUGGGAAGAUUCCUUCUUGUCCUAUAAAUGCUCUGAUUACAGUGCGUCCAACAUAGGAGAAGAUUCAGUCCCAUCUCCCUUAGACACCAACUACUCCACCUCCGACUCUUACACAUCACCAACAUAUGCUGGAGAGGAAAAAGAAAUGGAAAACAAGCCAAUUGCUAAAGAUAAUGGUUUUGAGGCAAAUGAUAACUUUCCUACAGGGGGAGUUGAGGUUCUUUCAACAUCACCACAGCAGUCUCAGAGAAAUCGAAUUGGUUCUGGUCCUGGGAACCUAGACAUGUGGGCAUUGCCUCACACAGAAGACAAGCCUGAAGGAAAUGACUCACAUCGCCCAGAUAAAGAUUCACUCAAGACAGAGCACACAGAAGAUAAAAAUGCUUCCAUGGAGGAUGAUGUGAGGGAAAGCAGCCUAUCCAGUUGUGACGACCCUAGCAUGAUGCAACUGUACAAUGAGGCAAACCAGCAGCUCGCCCUUCUACACAGCAAUACCAACUCACGCCAGACAGCCCCUGACAGCCUUGACACAUGGAACCGAGUGAUUCUGGAGGACACGCAGUCCACUGCAACGAUCUCGGACAUGGAUAAUGACUUGGAUUGGGAUGACUGCAGUGGGGGUGUGGCGAUCAGGGGUGAUGGUCAAGCAGAAGGUUACAUAGCUGCAAAUGGUGAACCUGAAACCCGGUUCUCGGUGAAGCAGCUGGAACCAUGGGGUACAGAACAUCAGGAAGCAAAUCAGGUAGACUGGGAUCUCUCUGCCUCUGCUGAGCCCACAGGGGAUACUGGUCUCAGUGAAUACCAGACCCUGAAUGAGAAAAGUGGGCAGUUAAUUGCAAACAGUAUUUGGGAUUCUGUCAUGGGAGAUAAAGAUAUGCCAUCAUUCAGAUUACCAAACCCACCAAAUACUGUAGAUAUGGAACAUGGCACUCGGCCUUCUGAAAAUCCCAGGCACUCAAUAAAUGGUAAGAAUGACCCCAUGUUAGAAACUUCUGGACUCAGUGAGUCAGGAGGACUUACAUCUCAUCCUGACAACCAGGACACAUGGGCAGACUCCCAAGGUGACACAGCAUCCUCAGUGACCAAGAUGGCAAGCCCAGAACACUUUGCACAGUCAGAUCCAUGGACAGGCCAUACUUAUGGACAGAGUGAAAGUGAUACGGAAGGCCUGAGAGCCUCUUAUUGUGAGCCUCUUGACAAGGAGACAGCGGUAGGCUCUGAAGUGAAUGGUGCCCCAUGGGUCUUUGGAAAAGAGCCCAGGGACCAGGAAUUCUCUUCUUCAGAUGCAUUUGAACACCAAGAAAUCUGCAGUGCAUCAGGCAAAAUCAACUCUCUUUCAGUCACCUCCAGUCCUCAGAGUGAGGAACCAGAGGAGACCUUAGAAGUUGAGAAGGGACCUUAUAUUCUAGACUCCCUUGCUGUGCAAACAGAGACAUCCACAAGUGAUUUGCAGACAAAAGAUACCCAUGAAGAAUCUCGUAUGGAUAAUAGAAAUUUAGGUGAAGCCAAUGCAACAUUGGAUAGGAUUAAUCUAAUGAAAAACAGGCCUUUAUCUGAAAUGGAACUUGAGAAAACUGAAGCCUGUAACCUUCUGAAGCCAGAAAGAGCAAAUGGAAAACUACUUUAUGAAUCUUCUCAAAACUUUAGGAUUUGGGAUGGCCCUAUGGACAGUGAUGUAUGGGAUAGUCAUCUAAGUUAUGAGACAGUUGUGAAUCCUACAGGUCAGAGCACUGAGGAAAGGUCUCUAGAAGCCCUUUCACCAGGAAACUAUGACAGAGACAGCCUCUCUAGUGAGUGUACUCAUUCAAGUGCAUCAAGUCCUGACCUAAAUGAUUCCUCAGUUGCCUUGUCCUCCUGGACCUAUGGACCCAGUGCUGAACAUCAGAACGAGAAUCAGGAUGAUAGGAACAAACAGAUUCACCAAGAAUCAGAACUAUUUACCACUGAAGCCCACAUAGGAGUCAUUACUGAAAUGAAAGACUUUGCAGAAAACAGGAAGGAUGGCUUUGGAAAGAUGUCUGAUCAGAAGGAUCCUCAAUUCCCAGAAAUUCCAAAUGAGCCCUUCAAUAGUGGUUCCUCAUCCUCUUCAUCCAGCCUUGGAACAGAUAAAUAUUCAGAAUAUUCUCAUGCAUAUCAGGAAGGAAAUUUAAUGACUAGACAUCAAGAGGAAAAUGAACUUGGGUUUCUGGAAAUUGUGGAGCCAGAGGCUACCAGGAUCAUAUCCACAAGCUCGGGUUCUGGCCAUAACAGUGGGGGUGAUGAAGAGUUGCUAGAGAAGGAGCUCCAUUUGGCCACAGUUGCCCAGAGUGAAUCUGGGGCUUGCAAUUCAUUGCAUGAACCUGAGUUCUUGGCCACAGAGCAUUCCGAGCCUGAGUUUUCUGUCUUUGUAGGUAGUUCAGAGUCAAUAGAGAAAGAAAACAAGUCAAGUCCAUUCAGUGACAGUCAACAAAGCAGCCCUGGUCAAUGGAUUUUGUCACCACUCAUGCAGGCUGUCACACAGGACACAUCUAAGGAGAAGGAGGCCAGAGCUCCAGAAACGGGGACCAUGGUGGAUACCAUGUGGCAUGGAUCUGCCAGCACUGAACCUAAGGAUGGGGACCCUGACAAAUUGGAAACGCUUGGCUUCUCAGCUGACAGCAGUGAGUGGUGGAACUCUGGGGCACAGGAAGGGAGAGCAAAUGCCAGUAUGCCCACAGAGGAGUUGUCUAACUCAGAGGGUGAGCUAGAGACUACUUCUCCAGUAUUCCAGAAUGCAGGUCCAUGGGGCUUACCCAUUCAAAAUGAUAGUGAACACAUGGACACAGGCAACACUAAUCCUUUCAAUGCUGAACUAAAGUCAUCCUUUCUAGAUAGUAAUGGUGACAAGGCACAGGAGAAACUUUGGAACAUUCAACCGAAGCAGCUGGAUUCAGAUGCCAAUCAAUUCAGUCAGCUUGUAAUCCUGGACCAAAUUAAGGACAACGAUUCUGGACGGCAAACAGCCACAUCUUCUGCUGCUGGUGAUCUUCCUGCAGAAACUCUCACCCAAGAGCAAUGCCAGGAAUCUAUGCUGUCUGUCUGGGACCAUGCAGAACCAGCAUUUGCUCACAGAGAUGAAAAUGGAUGUGUUAGCACUGGGGUUUCACCCACUGAGUGUCAACAAGAGAACCAGUGGGAACAAGAAAAAUCCUACCUCAGCUAUGUGCCAAGCACUCCCACAGAAAAUCUCCCUGAGAUCAAUGCUUCCACACAACUGAUAAGGAAGUUGGACUCUGAUUGGGAUAGCCCCAGCCCCAGUGAGCCCCAACAUAACUUUGUUCCAGAUAUUUUACAUGGCAACUUUGAAGAGAGUGGGCAGCUGGCCUCAGCUUCACCUGAUUUGUGGAUGGAUGUCAAGCAACCUUUCACUUUUAAAUCAGAUAGUGAAAAUCCUGAUAUAUUGACUCACUGUGACCAUGAAAGCAACUCUCAGGCAUCCAGCAGCCCUGACGUGUGUCAUGAUUCUGAAGGAAAGCAAGAGAUGGAGAAGCAUACUGGUGUUUACCUGGGACCUGAAGUGGAACCCAGUGAGUUUUAUCUCACCGAGCCAAACAUGAAUGAUGAACCAACUUGGGAACCCGAGCAGGAAUGUCUCUCACACAAUUUAGAACUCCGUUCUGAACAUGCAAUCCCCUUGCCUCCAAUUAACAGUCAGAACGAUAUAAACAACUCAUCUAAGCCUUCCUCUUCAAAAAGUUCCCCAGAACCGUCUGAUAUGCAUGGAGACAACAGUACGAGUAUAACAGCAUUGGAAGAAGGCGCCAACCCAGAGGUAGAAUCAGUCGACAGGACUAUCCCAGGCACCAGAAGUGAAGACCCUAACACUUUUGAAACUUACCAGGAGGUCAGUGCAGAAGUCAAUGGCUCUUGGGUGUCAAAAGAGCUUUGUCCUGAAAGUCAGACAGGCACUAGAGCUCUGCUUGACUGUGAGCAACCUUUGGCUUCUGAGAGCCCUGCUGUACUUACUGACAUCUUCCUAGCUUCAGACACCUGCCUGGAUGUAAGUGAAGCUGCCUUGGACCACAGUUUCAGUGAUGCCUCCGGCCUCAACACUUCCACAGGCACUAUAGAUGACAUGAGUAAGUUGACUCUAUCAGAAGGCCAUCCCGAAACACCAGUUGAUGGGGAUGCAGGGAAGCAAGAUAUCUGUUCAUCUGAAGCUUCCUGGGGUGAUUUUGAAUAUGAUGCAAUGGGUCAGAAUAUUGAUGAAGAGCUGUUGAGAGAGCCUGAACACUUCCUCUAUGGAGGUGAUCUUCCCUCAGAGGAAAGCUCGCUGAAGCAAUCACUGGCACCAUACACACCCCCCUUUGAUUUGUCCUAUCUCACGGAACCUACUGGAUGCGCUGAAUCUGCACAAGGAGCUGAGUCUCCUGAUGAUGCAUCUCUGGGAAGUGACGCAGCAGAGAUGUUGCUUUCUGCUCUUCCUGAUCAAAGGGAGGAAGACAGGGCCGAGACCAACUUCAGGAAACCUAGACACCAGAUUACUGUGUUGCAUAUUCAUGAAGACCCUGAGGCGCUCUCUUCACCUGUGGGAGGAACAGGUUCCAAUAAUGAAUCUUCUCCUUCAAACAUUGACUGGGAAAUAGAAACAGAUAAUUCAGAUUCACCAGCAGGUGGCGACAUGAAACCACCAAACGGCAAGGAGAUACUGGAGUUACAAGAUGAGAAAGUAAUUCCCAUGAAAGGGCCAGAGCAAACAAAAUUAGAAUACAACGAAGAAAAACAGGCAGAGAAAAGUGAAGACCAUCAGGUACUAGCUGUGGAUUACAUACUUGUAAGCCAUGAAAAAGAUUCAUCAUUGAAACCAGAAGCCAGGGAAGCAAGAGAAAACAUACCUGAAUUGGAACAAUUAUCCAUAGGUUCCAGAGAAAUAGGGCUACCAGAAACUCAGUUAGCAGGUACCCCAUACACAAGUCAGCCUGAGUCUUUAAAUGAUGUCAAGGUUCAUUCUGCAGAGAGAAUGUCUUCCAACCACAAGAGUGCAUCUCUUGAAAACCCUGCACAAGACCAGAGUUGGAUGGUCUUGAGCCACAGUGAGGUUGGUGACCCACCUGCAGAAACCAGGGACUUGGGGCCUGGGUCUCCUGGUAGAACUGCGGAGCCCUUCUUGAGUCUCAGCUUAGACAAGGGUCCCCAGUCCCAGGAUCUGGAAAGAAAUCAGCCUCUCGACUCUUUAGCACUAGAGGAAGUUGCUGAUUUGAGCAGCCAAUCAAGGAAGAGCAAGAGACAAGGUCAAGCUGGUCUAGAUGCAGUUCUAACCACCCACGACAAUGAAUGGGAAAUGCUUUCGCCACAGCUCUCCCAGAAAAACAGGAACCUUCCACAGGAAAUGGAAGAAGAGACACAGUUCCCUGAGCCUGGACCCAGAAAGCUAAGACCAAAAGGACCCCCGUCAGAGGAUGAAGGAAUGGAUAUCCCCUUCGAGGAGGGAGUGCUGAGUCCCAGUGCCGCAGACAUGAGGCCCGAACCUCCCAAUUCUCUGGAUCUCAAUGGCAGUCACCCUAGAAGGAUCAAGCUCACAGCCCCAAAUAUUAACCUCUCUCUGGAUCAAAGCGAAGGAUCUAUUCUCUCUGAUGAUAACCUAGACAGUCCAGAUGAGAUCGACAUCAAUGUGGAUGAGCUCGAUACCCCUGAUGAAGCAGACUCUUUUGAAUACACUGGCCAUGAAGAUCCCAUAGCCAACAAAAGCUCUGGUCAAGAGUCAGAGUCUAUUCCAGAAUAUACGGCUGAAGAGGAGCGAGAAGACAAUCGGCUGUGGAGGACGGUGGUAAUCGGAGAACAGGAGCAACGGAUUGACAUGAAGGUCAUUGAGCCCUACAGGAGAGUCAUUUCUCAUGGAGGAGACUCAGGAUACUAUGGGGACGGUCUGAAUGCCAUCAUUGUGUUUGCUGCCUGCUUUCUGCCAGACAGCAGCCGGGCGGAUUACCACUAUGUCAUGGAAAACCUUUUCCUAUAUGUAAUAAGUACCUUAGAGCUGAUGGUAGCUGAAGACUACAUGAUUGUGUACUUAAAUGGUGCAACCCCAAGGCGGAAGAUGCCAGGGCUCGGCUGGAUGAAGAAAUGCUACCAGAUGAUUGACAGACGGUUGCGCAAGAAUUUGAAGUCAUUCAUCAUUGUCCACCCAUCUUGGUUCAUCAGAACGAUCCUUGCGGUAACUCGGCCUUUUAUAAGCUCAAAAUUCAGCAGUAAAAUUAAAUAUGUAACUAGUUUAUCUGAGCUCAGUGGGCUGAUCCCCAUGGAUUGCAUCCACAUUCCAGAGAGCAUCAUCAAGUAAGUAUGAGGGCUUUGGAGCACUGGUGAGAAAGAACACAAAGUAUGAGGGCUUUGGAGCACUGGUGAGAAAGAACACAGAGGGGGAUGGGGGAACAGACCCUUCUAGAGUGAUGGGAAAUGGCACCUUAUCUCUAAAGGACACCUUAAGUAUUACGUAAUAAAUAAAGCUUUGGCUAUAAUGUAUGAAUUGCUAUUCUUUCAGAGGCUCUUUCACACAACUUGAUUAUUUACUUUUAUUUUUUUAUUUCAUAUAUUUGGUCAUUUUUUCCAACCAAGAUUAACUUGAUAUUUUUACCUUGAUAUUUGUUUCCACCCUGGAGACAUCGUUAGUAUUAACUAGAAUAUUUAUACUUGUUACACUAUACUUUACAUUAAGGUCUUCCCAUAAUUUGGAUUUUUCUUUUCCUUAACUAAUUUGUCUACAUGCCCCCAGAAAAUAGAUAAAAAGAAAAGACUAUUUUCUUCAAAUUCCUCCCCACCUUGUCCUAAGGGUUGCCUUUAGAGGGAUGAUUAGAUGGAGAGCCUUUGUUGAGGAGUGGGUGGGUGAUGAGAAAUAGUUUCCUUGCUUAGGACCAGGCAUGGCGGAAGCCUGAGGGUGGGCAACUCUCAUACUGUGAGUGUGAAGAUCAUGUCUGAAAGUAGUAAUAAAAGCUAACUAAUAGAUGUUAGAGAAUGGACAUUCCUAUCUGAUACACUGUUGCAAAGAACCAUUAAUUUUCUGUGGGUCUCGUCCUGCUUUUGUCUCUUGAUGUGACUCAUUAACUUGUUCUUGUUUCAUUGGGCUUGAAAGGGACUUGCUCACGGGCUCUAAGAAAAAAGACAAGUGUUCUGUAUCUCCCUCCAGAACACAGACAACAAAACAGACCUUUUGAUGAGGCCUCCUAAACAUCUCAGUAGCACACACAUAGAAGCUGGGGUCUUCUCAUUCACCAUUACCAUUUACCCUGGAACACAGAAGAGCUGUGUUUUAUAGCUCACUUAAAUUAAACCCCAUUUUACAGAUGCCAGGUAGGUAAGUUAGUAAGAAGUUACUUAUGGAAGUAGAAGAGGGACCAGGCAGGGAUGGGAGCAGAGUUCAAAUCCAAAUUAGCCUGUCACCAAAUGUCCACAUGCUUUUCUAGUAGGGUCUUCAUCUUUCUUCAAGUGUCAUCCUAAGCCCAAGAGCUCACAAAUAGAUGUAUUUGGUGUCCCUCCAUCAGCUAAUCAGGCCCUAACACUGGCUACUGAUAGACUUACUGGAGUCAGGUGACUCAGCUUAGCCAAGCAGUACUGAUUAGAUCCUAACCAGGGCUCCAGUCCUCAGGAGUUUUACCAAAGCCUCACACCAGUGCACUCCAGCUCUGGCCGGUGUGACAUAGGCUGCGCCCGCUCUCCCAGACCUACUCUUCCUUUAAAAAAUAGUGAUGAUAUAGAGUCAGGGGGCGUUCCUGGGGGCAAGGGAGGCUUCAGGUGAGCAGCUGCCGGUGGGAUGGCGCCAAGGGUCCCGGAAAAGUAAUAGCCAAAAGUUCCGACAGCCCAGUGACUUCUGGGUCCUUUAUCCCACAAACUCAAAGAAUGCAUUUCAUAGGAUAAGUUUUAGAAUGGAGUUUAGUUUAUAGACAAGAUACCAACAGAGUUCCUGUAUAGUAAAAGCAGGUCCCAAGGAAAGGGCACCAUCAAAUGUCCCUAUCUAGGGGUUAAUAUGUCUUUUCUAGAUUGAGACAUGGGACCAGAUUGGGAUUGUAGGGGAUCCCAUCAUGGUGCAGUUGUCCCAUGUACCACGUAUUUACGUGCCUCAGUUUCUGUCACAGCCUGAUAAUGUAAAAGAAAAAAAGAUAACAAGAAACCAGACCAGGACAAUAUACCCCAAACACACUUGCAUUUCUAGCCUCCAACCAGGGACAAAAGUCAGACCUUUUUGAGGAGCUGCCCCUAAAAGUGUCCAACAAGAUUCUGUCUCCUGUUCUCAUCAUUUUUGAGCACCUCCUGUACUACUGUACCUUUGCAAGAGAUAACAAGGACAUUCUCUCUUACUAAGGGAAUGAACAUUGGCCAUUUUGUAGAAAAGCAGCAGGGCUUCCAUGGUGAGUCAGACAAUGGGAUGAAAAGCGGGGAUGGGCUUCAGAGGCAUUUCCAUGUGAAUCCUCCCUCCCACUUCUCAAUGUCUGAGACUUCAGGCACCCUAUAAAAAUCCUCCCAGGUUUAAUGUUCACAUCUGUAAAAUGGGGAAGUAAUUCUCAGAGUGUGGAUGGGCCUGAGGAUUAAAUGAGACCAGUAAACUGAGAGCCACUAUGGGCUAUAACUAUGGGCUAUAAUAGAGUUGCUUUGGCGACUUACUGUACUGAGGGUCUGGGGGUCUGGGGAGGGGUUCAGUUGAGAAGCUAGACAUGGCCAGGCUCCUUCCAUGUACUCUCAAGGGGUGCAUUUUGGAAACGUUGCUUCAAGAGGAAGAAUUCCAUUUAGAAAGACUUGUUUUCUGAAGGAAGAACCUAGCACUGUGGGUCCUCCCUCUCCCUACGGCAUCUGUGUUUCCUCCUGACGUUAUCACACAUCUUGAGGUAUCUUUUCUGCCAUGUUCUUUACUAACCCCCCAUUGCUUCCUUCUUCACAUUGUGCAGUUUUUGAAUCAACACAGCCAGAACUAUUUCCAUUUAGUGAGUAACGUUCAAAGCAUCUGAUCCCAAGCAGUCCAGCCUGGCAUCAAUGGGAUGAAAUGAAGUUUAUAUUCAUUGGUGACAGUUGGCUGUUAUUAGCUAGGGAAUGGCUGUAGUCAAUAGAGUCAGUGUAGACACUCAGUGAACACUGGGCUAUUAUUCCUGAGAGAAAUCCUUUGAUUUCUGUGGCCCUGUCCGUCUCUGGUUGCAAUGUUUUCAUCACCCAUCAGUAUAUAACCUUGGCUCAUGUGUGUCUCUGUCUGAGAAAGCUUCUUAGUGUAUACACAUCCUGUGGAUUAAUGAGUAGCAACCCUUUAAUUGGCUAGGUGUGAUGGCAACUAUGUGUAAUCACGGCACUCAGGAGACUGGAACAGAAGGACCCCAAGCUUGAGGCCAGCCUGAGCUACACAGAAAGACCCUUUCCCCAAACAAUCAAAACAAACCAAAAUUUUGUACUUAAGGUCCCAGUACUACAACUUGUACCUAAAACAAUCUUAUGGGCCACACAUGUUCUCUGUGAGGUACACUGGCUUUCUUGUGCCUACAAACAGUAGGCAAUGUUGUAUAACAUGAUUGACUAUUUUAAAUAGCACAAUCACCAGCCAAAAGCACAAAAAUGUGGGAAACAUUUGGCAAAGAAACUGUAUGAGACAGGAAGGCACCACCUCAUCCUGCUGGACUUCUGCCGAUGAUGUGCACAUGGGACAAGAAUUUUUGUCUCCUUGUCUGUGUCCACAAAUGGCCAAAAGCACUGUCCAUUGACUUUGGAAAUUUCAGAUAUCUUGGUGAACAGGCAAAUUUGCAAAUAUGACAUCUAGAAAUAGUGAGAAGUGACUGUAUAUUUAUGAAUUGUAAAUGGACCAUUGUGCCUAACACAAAUAAGCUUUCUCUCCAUAGCCAGUCGUCGUCGAUGUCUGAGUAAGCGUUUUCUCUUGUGUUCUGACUGUUUAAAGCUUUUACUUGUCAUUUUCCCACUGUUCCUCGCUGUCCUC